AUCACCUAUAAAUAGGCUAGGCAUGGUGCCAUGCUUCGCACCGCCCUGCAGAUCUGAGACUUCAAGAGCUAAAUAGAGUAGUAUAGCAAGUCCAGGAUCGAUGGCGUCAGCAGUGCGCACGGGUGCGGCGGCGCUGGUGGUGGCGCUCGCGGUGUUGGCUCUCGCCGGCGGCGGCCACGCGCAGCUGCAGUAUGGGUUCUACAAGGGCAAGUGCAACGGCAGCGACGUGGAGGCGGUGGUGCAGGGCAUCGUGAAGGCCCGCUUCGCGCGCGAGAGCCCCAUCGUCGCCUACCUCCUGCGCAUGCAGUUCCACGAGUGCGCCGUCAAUGGCUGCGACGGCGGUCUGCUGAUCGACGGCCCCGGCACGGAGAAGACGGCGCCGCCGAACCUGAGCGUGAAGGGCUACGACCUCAUUGCGGCCGUCAAGGCGGAGCUGGAGCGGAGGUGCCCCGGCGUCGUGUCCUGCUCCGACAUCCAGAUCCUCGCCACCAGGGACGCGGUCGCGCUGGCCGGCGGGCCGGCGUACGCGGUGCGCACGGGGCGGAGGGACCGCCGGCAGUCUCGGGCCUCCGACGUGAAGCUCCCUGCGGCGGACUACACGGCGGCGCAGGCGGUCGCGUACUACGCCAAGCUGGGCCUGAGCGCGUUCGACACGGUGCUGCUCCUGGGCGCGCACACGGUGGGCGCCACGCACUGCAGCGCGAUCAAGAGCAGCCGGCUGUACAGGUACGGCGGCAAGGCCGGCGCGACAGACCCCGGCAUGGACCCGACCCUCGCAUCCGUGUACAAGAAAUGGGUGUGCCCCAACGUGUCGUCGUCGGACGGCAACGCCGUGUUCCUGGACGACCAGUGGAGCGCGCUGCGUGUGGACAACAAUUACUACAAGAACCUGAAGCGCGGCCGCGGCGUGCUCCUCGUCGACCAGAACCUCUACCGCGACGGCUCCACGCGCUGGAUCGUCGACCAGCUCGCCAACAACGAAGGCCUCUUCCGUUCGCUGUUCGCGCAGGUGCUCGUCAAGCUCAGCGAGGUCAACGUGCUCACCGGUGCGCAGGGUGAGAUCCGCAAGGUCUGCAGCAAGUUCAACUGAUCCAAGGUCUGCAGCAAGUUCAGCUCAUCGAUUGGUUCACCAUUCCAUCUUCAUCGUCGUUUUUGUUUAAUUUCCGACAUGGUUCCAGCGUCUGAUGCUGCUCUUUUUCUUCCCAUUUGGUUUCAUCAAAAGUAGCUAAUUUUGAUCACAUGUUCGAUACAUAUCGUUUGUUUUCUACCGCUUUUUUGUUGUAAUAACAUUCACGAUGGAAGGAUGAACCAUGUGUAUGAUCGAGCUAUUAGUCACCAUGGAAGGAAUCAC